GCCUAGGCUUCAACACGUAGCCCAGUUGUACAGCUCUCUCAUACGCCCGUCGUGACUGGCCAAGUUCACCGCUUUCCUUCCCCCUCCUUCUCCUCCUCCUACAUCCGGCCUGCUCGUCCUCCACCUGGCUUCGUCGUCCUUCAUCCAGCUGUUCACCCUCAAUCCGACCCAGUCAACCCUUCGUCGUCUACCAUCUCAUUUUAGAUGUCCUUCGCCUAGCCAAGCUGUCCUUCUAUCCUCUCCUUUUGAGCUUAAGUGAUCACAUCUUAGCUUAGUCGUCCUCCCGGUCUUGACGUUUCCACCGUCAUAUUAGUUUCUCACCUUAGCCAAGAUAACGUCAACCUGGCCUAGUCAUCUUCCACCCACAUUAGCCGUCCCACAUUUAGCGUAUCGUCCUCCCCAUCUGGGUUAGUCUUCCCUCUGCAGGCUUAGUCGCCCAUCAUCAUUCUUCCACGACUGUUAUUUGCUCCAAUUUCCUCUGUUGAAACUGAGAUUCCCAGACAGGUGGAACUGUUGCCUUGAAUGCGAGCGAAAAAGUGAGAUGACUAGAACACCUCAGACGUGAAUGAAGUUUGGUGCGUCUUCUCAGCUGUGAAACUUCCAGGAGCAUGUCACUGGUGUAUCGACGUGGGACUUUUAACUUAGUUUCUCAUAGCUGCGAGAUGUGACACUGGUUUAUCAGUACGUGGAACUGUCGUGACUUAUUUUUAUAGCAUUUGUUUGACAGGGGGCAUUAGGUAUGGUUUAACAAUGUAGAUAACGGAGGGACUCGAUUGGUUUUCUCCAUCGAGGAAAUAUUGUGAACUGAAGACUCCUACAACAGGGUUUAUUAUUGAUUGAAUUUAGCUGACAAUUUCCUGUAACCUGUUCGCACGCAAUUGAAGAAAUGUGCAGGUAUGUAUGUAAGUCACACUCACCUGCUAUCACCAGUGGAUUUAUUAUUAAGUAAAUACCUGAAGAUCCCAGUGCUGUGAAUAGAUUCAUGAUUGGAAUUAAACAUUUAUGAAGCUACCCGUAAGCAUGAAGUGUAAUGAACUGAAAACUGUUUUCCGGCAUCAAGUCUGAAAUGAACAAGCAUCCGCAUUAACUAAAUAGACUUAACAUAAACAAAUGCUCUAUUUUGAAGAAAAAAUAUCUUAGUGUGGUAGGUGAAAUAUUCGUCAGCUAAAAGAAAAUAAUUAUUAAAAGAGUAGGGGUGAAAUAAAGUUUGGUUACUCCUUAUACUCUAACACGGACAGAAAAAACCCACACAGCUUUAUCACUAUUUCUUUAAUACAUAUUGUGAAAAAAUAUUUGAUAAAAAUUCAUAACCUGCAACAACCUGAAUAUAAACAUUUUAUUGACACUUGUGGAGAGAACAACAAACCAUCAUAAAACCCAAAGAUUAAACCAGUGAUAAAUUUAAUAAAAAACGAAACCAGGUCUUACCGAAGCUGCUAAAGCAACAGGAUUAAUGCCUAACUAACUGCCUUUUGAAAACCAUGAUAGCCUGCACAAAUAUUAGUUAAGGAGAUUUUAGACUAAGGAAAAUAAAAAGCUAAAAAAAAUGAAAUACACAGCAUAGUUAAGCUGGCCCUUAUCUUAUCACCUGCCAACAGACUCUCACUCGAGUGACCAUACGUGCAGGCAGAGAUAACAGGAGGAACUGUGAUAAGGAGGCCAGGUGAGGCGCAUUAUACUACACGAUAAGAUUACUGAUACGCUGGAACACAUUGGAAAAUAAUAAUGCUCAGUUUGGGCCUCAGGAGAUCCCUGUUAGAGAGCGCCAACGCUUGGCAGAACAAAUGUGAGUGAGGAGAGCUGAGACAAUGAGAGUGUGAGGGUGAACCUGGCAGACACAGGAAGGUCAAGUGGGAUAACAAAGACACAAAAAGGUUAAGAGGAUCAUUUGGACUUAAGGUGCAUGACGAGAAAAGAAGGGGCAUGAAAUUGACAAGACCGGAAAGGUGAGAAGGACUCGUAGAUGUUAUGUGAAGCGGCAACUGACAGCGACAGAGCCGUGACGAGGACUGAAGACAGUGGACCAUUGGUGUCGUGUGAAACAUGAAGUCGUCAUGACUGAGGUGGGGUACAGACACUACGGUCAUGAUACACUGAAGUCGUGACCGUAAUUGUGUGAAUGUUUGUCGUCCUUUGAGACACACAAGACCAGCGAAAUAUAAUGAAUAAAAAGAUAAUAAGUGAUAUAAAAACACAAGAGUGAACUUGGUGAUAAAACUCUCUCCAUAGAAAGACAAAUUUCGACUAACUUUGGUGACGACGAAAUUAAAUUGUGGAAAGCUACGGUGGACGAAACAAAUUCGAUAUGGCGACUCUGGACUAUCGCAUGAACAAUUUUCUCGCGCUAGAGGAAGGCGCGAGGAACGAAAGUGAUUACAUUUUAUACCUGUGUUCCCCUAAUGACUCCACCUCCAUACAUUUAAAACUAGAAUUUGCUUGUGACUAUUGCAACGAGAGUGAAGUGGUAGUGUUGUGGGAUAAAGGGGUGUGUGACUUCCCACCCACCCCGGGCUUCAACACUUCUAUAUAUGUCUUCUACAUAGCCAUCCUCGUCUUCGCCGUGCUGGGAAAUUCCAUCGUCGUUUACGUUGUGUGUUCCUCGGCGAAGAUGCGCACUGUGACCAACUAUUUCAUCGCUAAUCUUGCUGUGGGUGAUCUCUGGAUGGCCAUAUUCUGCGUACCCUUCUCCUUCAUGAGUACCUUGAUAUUAAAGUACUGGCCUUUUGGUGGCCAUCUGUGUGUGGCUGUCAAUUAUCUACAGGCUGUGUCAGUCUUUGUCUCGGCUUACACCUUAGUAGCUAUCAGUCUCGAUCGCUACCUGGCCAUCAUCUACCCUCUAAGGCCUCGGAUGACCAGGUUCCAGGCUAAGAUGAUCAUCGCAAUGGUGUGGAUACUCUCCCUAGUUACCACUCUACCCGUGGCCAUUUACUCCAAGCUCCUCACCCCGAACUUCAACUUCUACAAGCUGUUCAGUCGGCAGGUGUGCAUGGAGGACUGGGGGGAGAGCCAAGCGGAAAACGAAUCUCGCAUGGCGUACAGUGUUGCCCUCAUGUUGCUACAGUACUUCCUGCCGCUGGCCGUCCUCAUCUUCACCUACUCCAGAAUAGCCAUGGUCGUCUGGGGGAAGAAGAACCUCGGUGAGACUCCCGCCAGGAUGGACAGAAUCGCCAGGAGCAAGAGAAAGAUGAUCAAGAUGAUGGUGGCCGUGGUCUUGGUGUAUACUCUAUGCUGGUUACCCUUCAACGUUCUCAUGGUUGUGCGUGAGGUGCGAAAAAUCGACGGGUGGCCGUACAUGAUCUACCUGUGGGCGUUAUUCCACUGGUUGGCCAUGUCUUCCACUUGCUACAACCCCGUCAUCCUCUGCUGGAUGAACACUAAAUUCCGCUCUGGCUUCUGCAACGUCGCCUACAAGCUACCGUGUCUCCGCCGGUGCGUGGACGACUGGUACUUUACCCAGGAGCCUGAGCUGGUGAGGGUCAAUACCUACACCAACUACUCCAGGAGCGCCAGUAGUCGUCUGGUGACCAUCUCCAUGAAGGACGACACCAUCAUAUUCAAAAGCAGAAACAUAAAUGGACAGAAGGGGCCUCCCGCCGCAUACAACUGUCGCAAGUUCCUCCAGAUGCUUGAAGAGACGAGUAGUGAAUCGCCCUUAUGAGGUGAGGAGAUAGAGCUGCAAACGCUCUAUAAAUGGACGACGAGGGAGAGAAGCGAUAACUGGAGGAACAGCAGACUCGAGAUUGGGAGGACUGGUGGUGGAAGCAACAGCUGGUUGGAGAGAAGAAGUGAUCAUUUUAGGGACGGCAGACUUGAUAACUGGAGAGACGGCAGAAGUGAUAACUGGAGAGACGGCAGAAGUGAUAACUGGAGAGAUGACAGAAGUGAUAACUGGAGAGACGGCAGAAGUGAUAACUGGAGAGACGGCAGAAGUGAUAACUGGAGAGACGGCAGAAGUGAUAACUGGAGAGACGGCAGAAGUGAUAACUGGAGAGACGGCAGAAGUGAUAACUGGAGAGACGGCAGAAGCGAUAACUG